AGACAGUUAGCCAGCCCAGAACAGAUUGUUCUUGUUUUGGAGGGGAAUCAUAUCAGUGGCCCCAAUUAGCCUCAGAAGCAUUUUGUGUUCUUUCCAGCAGUAUAUGGAUAUUCCAGUUUCUCCACAGAGUUUCUUAUGAGAAAUCGUUAUUCUUCUGAAGGUUGUUCCAGGGAACAUGGCUACUGCAAUUAGGGAGGUGGGAGUUUGGAGACAGACCAGAACACUCCUACUGAAGAAUUAUUUAAUUAAAUGUAGGACUAAAAAAAGUAGUGUUCAGGAAAUUCUUUUUCCACUUUUCUUUUUAUUUUGGUUAAUAUUAAUUAGCAUGAUGCAUCCAAAUAAGAAAUAUCAUGAAGUACCUGAUGUGGAACUUCAUCCUCUGGACAAAUUUAUCCUCUCUAACCUAGUUCUUGGAUAUACUCCGGUGACUAAUAUUACAAGGAACAUCAUGCAGAAAGUGUCUACUGAGCACCUUCCUGAUGUCAUAAUUACUGAAGAAUAUGCAAAUGAAAAAGAAAUGAUAACAUCUAGUCUCUCAAAGUCUAGCAACUUCGUAGGUGUGGUUUUCAAAGAUUUUAUGUCCUAUGAACUUCGUUUUUUCCCUGAUAUGAUCCCAGUAUCUUCUGUUUAUAUGGAUUCAAGAGCUGGCUGUUCAAAAUCAUGUGAGGCUGCUCAGUACUGGUCCUCAGGGUUCACAGUGUUACAAGCAUCCAUAGAUGCUGCCAUUAUACAGUUGAAGACCAAUGUUUCUAUUUGGAAAGAGCUGGAGUCAACUAAAGCUGUUAUUAUGGGAGAAACUGCUGUUAUAGAAAUAGAUACCUUUCCCCGAGGAGUAAUUUUAAUAUACUUAGUUAUAGCAUUUUCACCUUUUGGAUACUUUUUGGCAAUUCAUAUUGUAGCAGAAAAAGAAAAAAAGAUAAAAGAAUUUUUAAAGAUAAUGGGACUUCAUGACACUGCCUUUUGGCUUUCCUGGGUUCUUCUGUAUACAAGUUUGAUUUUUCUUAUGUCCCUCCUUAUGGCAGUUAUUGCAACAGCUUCUUUGUUAUUUCCUCAAAGUAGCAGCUUUGUGAUAUUUCUACUUUUUUUCCUUUAUGGAUUAUCAUCUGUAUUUUUUGCUUUAAUGUUGACACCUCUUUUUAAAAAAUCAAAACAUGUGGGAAUAGUUGAAUUUUUUGUCACUGUGGCUUUUGGAUUUGUCGGCCUUUUGAUAGUUCUCAUGGAAAAUUUUCCCAAGUCAUUAGUGUGGCUCUUCAGUCCUUUCUGUCAGUGUACUUUCUUGAUCGGUAUUGCACAGGUCAUGCAUCUAGAAGAUCUUAAUGAAGGUGCUUUAUUUUCUAAUUUGACCGAAGGCCCAUAUCCUCUAAUUAUUACUAUUAUCUUGCUAGCACUUAAUAGUGUAUUCUAUGUCCUCGUAGCUAUCUAUCUUGAUCAAGUCAUUCCAGGGGAAUUUGGCUUACGAAGAUCAUCUUUUUAUUUCCUGAAGCUGUCAUAUUGGUCAAAGAGCAAAAGAAAUUAUAAGGAGUUAUCAGAGGGCAAUGUCAAUGGAAGUAUUAGUUUUAGUGAAAUUAUUGAGCCCGUUUCUUCAGAAUUUAUAGGAAAAGAAGCCAUAAGAAUCAUUGGUAUUCAGAAGACACAUAGAAAGAAAGGUGAAAAUGUGGAGGCUUUGAGAAAUUUGUCUUUUGACAUCUAUGAGGGUCAGAUAACUGCCUUACUUGGCCACAGUGGGACAGGAAAAAGUACAUUGAUGAACAUUCUUUGUGGAUUGUGCCCACCUUCUGAUGGAUUUGCUUCUAUAUAUGGAUACAGAGUCUCAGAAAUAGAUGAAAUGUUUGAAGCAAGAAAAAUGAUUGGCAUUUGUCCACAGUUAGAUAUACACUUUGAUGUUUUGACAGUAGAAGAAAAUUUAUCAAUUUUGGCUUCAAUCAGAGGAAUACCAGCCAACAAUAUAAUUCAAGAAGUGCAGAAGGUUUUACUAGAUUUAGACAUGCAGGCUAUCAAAGAUAACCAAGCUAAAAAAUUAAGUGGUGGUCAAAAAAGAAAGCUGUCUUUAGGAAUUGCUGUUCUUGGAAAUCCAAAGGUACUAUUGCUAGAUGAGCCGACAGCUGGAAUGGACCCCUGUUCUCGUCAUAUUGUUUGGAAUCUUUUAAAAUACAGAAAAGCCAACCGGGUGACUGUGUUUAGUACUCAUUUCAUGGAUGAAGCUGACAUUCUUGCUGAUAGGAAAGCUGUCAUAUCACAAGGAAUGUUGAAAUGUGUUGGUUCUUCAAUUUUCCUCAAAAGUAAAUGGGGUAUCGGCUACCGCCUGAGCAUGUAUAUAGACAGAUACUGUGCCACAGAAUCUCUUUCUUCACUGGUUAGACAGCAUAUACCUGGAGCUACCGUAUUGCAACAAAAUGAUCAACAACUUGUAUAUAGCUUACCUUUCAAGGACAUGGACAAAUUUUCAGGUUUGUUUUUUGCUCUAGACACUCACUCAAAUUUGGGUGUUAUUUCUUACGGUGUUUCCCUGACGACUUUAGAAGAUGUGUUCUUAAAGCUGGAAGUUGAAGCAGAAAUUGACCAAGCAGAUUAUAGUGUAUUUACUCAGCAGCCACCAGAAGAGGAAAUGGAUUCAAAAUCUUUUGAUGAAAUGGAACAGAGUUUACUUAUUCUUUCUGAAACUAAGGCUUCUCUGGUGAGCACCAUGAGCCUUUGGAAGCAGCAGGUGUAUACAAUAGCAAGGUUUCAUCUCCUUACCUUGAGACGUGAAAGUAAAUCAGUGAGAUCAGUGUUGCUUCUGCUUUUAAUAUUUUUCACAGUUCAGAUUUUUAUGUUCUUGGUACAUCACUCUUUUAAAAAUGCUGUGGUUCCCACCAAACUUGUUCCAGACUUAUAUUUCCUUAAACCCGGAGAUAAACCUCAUAAGUACAAAACAAGUCUGCUUCUUCAAAAUUCUACUGACUCAGAUAUCGAUGAUCUUAUUAGCUUCUUCACAAAGCAGAACAUAAUGGUGACGAUGUUUAAUGACAGUGACUAUGUGUCUGCUGCUCCUCACAGUGCAGCUUUGAAUGUGAUGCAUUCCGAGGAGGACUAUGUUUUUGCAGCUGUCUUCAACAGUACAAUGGUUUACUCUUUACCUGUAUUGAUGAAUAUUAUUAGUAACUACUAUCUCUAUCAUUUAAAUGAGACUGAAACCAUUCAAAUCUGGAAUACUCCAUUCUUUCAAGAAAUUACUGACAUAGUGUUUAAAGUUGAGCUGUAUUUUCAAGCAGCUUUGCUUGGCAUCAUUGUUACUGCAAUGCCACCGUACUUUGCCAUGGAAAAUGCAGAGAAUCAUAAGAUCAAAGCUUAUACUCAAUUGAAACUUUCAGGUCUUUUACCAUCUGCAUAUUGGAUUGGACAAGCUAUUGUUGAUAUCCCCUUAUUUUUUGUUGUUCUUAUUUUAAUGCUAGGAAGUUUAUUUGCAUUUCAUUAUGGAUUAUAUUUUUAUGCAGUGAAGUUCCUUGCUGUGGUUUUUUGCCUUACCGGUUAUGUUCCAUCAGUUAUUCUGUUCACUUAUAUUGCUUCUUUCACCUUUAAGAAAAUUUUAAAUACCAAAGAAUUUUGGUCAUUUAUCUAUUCUGUGACAGCUUUGGCUUGUAUUGCAGUCACUGAAAUAACUUACUUUAUGGGAUACACGGUUACAGUUGUUCUUCAUUAUACCUUUUGUAUAGCCAUUCCAAUCUAUCCACUUCUAGGUUGCUUGAUUUCCUUCAUAAAGGUUUCUUGGAAGAACAUACGAAGAAGUGGAGACACCUAUAAUUCAUGGGAUAGGCUUUUGGUGGCUGUUAUAGCGCCUUACCUGCAGUGUGUAUUGUGGAUUUUCCUCUUACAGUACUAUGAGAAAAAAUAUGGAGGCAGAUCAAUAAGAAAGGACCCAUUCUUCAGGACCUUUUCAACAAAGUCCAAAAAUAGGAAAUUUCCAGAACCACCAAACAAAGAGGAUGAAGAUGAUGAUGUCAGAGCUGAAAGACUAAAGGUCAAAGAGUUGAUGAGUUGCCAGUGCUGUGAGGAGAAACCAGCCAUUAUGGUCAGCAAUUUGCAUAAAGAAUAUGAUGACAAGAAAGAAUUUCUUCUUUCAAGGAGAGUAAAGAAAGUGGCAACUAAAUACAUUUCUUUCUGUGUGAAAAAAGGCGAGAUCUUGGGACUGUUGGGUCCUAAUGGCGCAGGCAAAAGCACAAUUAUUAAUAUUCUGGUUGGUGAUAUUGAACCAACUUCAGGCCAGGUAUUUCUAGGAGAUUAUUCUUCAGAUGCAACUGAAGAUGAUUCUAUUAAAUGUAUGGGUUACUGUCCUCAGAUAAACCCACUGUGGCCAGAUAUUACAUUACAGGAACAUUUUGAAAUUUAUGGAUCUAUAAAAGGAAUGAGUACGAGUGACAUGAAAGAAGUUAUAAGCCGAAUAACAAAUGUACUUGAUUUAAAAGAACAUCUUCAGAAAACUAUAAAGAAAUUGCCUGCAGGAAUUAAGCGAAAGCUGUGUUUUGCUCUAAGCAUGCUGGGGAACCCUCAGGUCACUCUGCUAGAUGAACCAUCCACAGGUAUGGACCCUAAAGCCAAACAGCACAUGUGGCGAGCAAUUCGAACUGCUUUUAAAAACAAAAAGCGGGCUGCUAUUCUGACCACUCAUUAUAUGGAGGAGGCAGAGGCUGUUUGUGAUCGAGUGGCUAUCAUGGUGUCUGGGCAGUUAAGAUGCAUUGGGACAGUACAACAUCUUAAGAGCAAAUUUGGAAAAGGCUACUUUCUGGAAAUUAAAUUAAAGGAUUGGAUAGAAAACCUAGAAGUAGACCGCCUUCAAAGAGAAAUUCAGUAUAUUUUCCCAAAUGCGAGCCGCCAGGAAAGUUUUUCUUCUAUUUUGGCUUACAAAAUUCCUAAGGAAGAUGUACAGUCCCUUUCACAAUCUUUUUCUAAACUGGAAGAAGCUAAACAUACUUUUGCCAUUGAAGAAUAUAGCUUUUCUCAAGCAACGUUGGAACAGGUUUUUGUAGAGCUCACUAAAGAACAAGAGGAAGAAGAUAACAGUUGUGGCACUUUAAACAGCACACUUUGGUGGGAAAGAACACAUGAAGACAGAGUAGUAUUUUGAAUUUUUACCUCUCAAUCUGUUUAUGGAAGUUAUUUCUUCUUCACUUUAUUUUAACUUUGGUUUAAGAAGUUUACUAUUUAAGUGGCAACUGGAGAACCUGAAAGCACUUGGGAUUUUCCUCAACUCCACAAUUCAAAUGCUAUGGUUUUGUGUUUUGCUUUUCUUUAAAUAAAACUUGUGUAUAAUUAAGUUAACCUGCAUGUUUGUAUCUGAGCUAUAAUGAACUGUGGUC